UUUCAUUUAAUCUUCUGGCUCCUUUGUGCCCGAAAGCAAUGGCGGCAUCGGCGAUCAUCGAUCGUCAGACUUUUCAGGGGAAUGCAGAGGACGAACAGGUGGAAAGACUGCUCGACAACUCAAAGACCCACACCAGCCCGCCAGCAGCCUCGCUCAAAGGUACCAGUCUUUCCCAGCGAGGACGGCAUUUCGUCGACGAUCAGGGAAGGGUGGUAAGUCUGAGAGGGUUCAAUGUGAGCGCAGCGAGUAAGCUGCCCACAAGCCCAGACGGCCUCACCAAAUUGGACUCAGCUACGUGGUUCGACCACCGCAACGUCAGCUUUGUAGGGCGACCAUUUCCACUUGACGAGGCUGCCUACCAUUUCAGCCGCAUACAAUCCUGGGGGUAUACCUUCAUCCGUCUCCUCGUGCCCUGGGAAGCCCUCGCCCACUCCGGCCCAUUCACAAUCGACCAAGAAUAUGUGGCCUAUGUCCGCUCCCUCCUGAUCACUGCUGCCGACGUCGGCAUCAAGGUCGUCAUCUCCGCGCAUCAAGACGUCUGGAGUCGCCUCUGCGGUGGGAGUGGCGCUCCCGGUUGGACGUUUGAGGCUGCUGGGCUGGAUGUGAGAGAGUUCAUGGAGACCAAGGCGGCUUAUGUGCACAAUCUCGAUGAUGACGAAGGAGGCAGCAAAGGAGAUCCGCGUGAGAUCAGCGGGCCCUUUGUCUGGCCGUCUGGCUACCAGAAACUUGCGGCAGCUACGAUGGCGACCCUCUUCUGGGGAGGCGAUAUCUUUGCGUGGAAGCACCGGGUGUCGAUCGACCCCACAGAAGCAGCAGCAUCGCAGGACAUCCUCAACGGUCAUCUCGAGUCGUCUUCCUCCACCACGCCGAUCCAAGCUCUCCUCCAAUCCUCCUACCUCCACGCGUACGGCAAGCUCGCUGACGCGCUCGCCGGCAUUCCCUCUCUACUGGCCUUCGAGGUCCAGAACGAACCGCACCGAGGAUUCAUAGAGCUGCACAGCUGGGAUAGCUGGAAGUACGAGACAGAUCUUCACAUCGGGCAUUAUCCUUCGUUACUGCAGGCACUGGCCUUGGGCGAGGGGCACAAGCAGAUGGUGCCCUACUACGUCAAGACGUGGCCUUGGCCGACGAGGAGGUCGCAUUGGUCUGAGGUAGAUCCCAAGGGGAGAAAGUGCUGGCUUGCAUCGCGCGACAGCGAGCCAGCAGGCUGCCUUUGGGCGCGACAUGGCGCUUGGAAGUGGAAUGCUUCUUCGAGACGUGCGGAGGUGCUGCGACGCGACUACUUCACCCAUGACCCACGGCCACGCGAUAUGGCUCCGGACACAGCGGGCCAGCCAGUAGAGUGGUACCGAGACUGCUACGUCCCCUUUGUGCGGCGUUUCGCCGAUCGCAUGCGUCGCAAUCACGGCGACGCCCUUCAGGUCUGGUUCGAGCCCAUUCCCAACGAGUACCACCCUCCUUGGCCCCCAGCAUCCCUCGCACUCGCCCCCGAUUCGGACGCUCAAGCACGCGAAGACCUCGCAGCGAUCUCGCGCGCCAGCACAGGGCAGCGCUACGCUUCACAAGUGGACCUGACCUCCUCUCAAUUGUCUAGGCCAGAGAAUAUCGUCUACUCACCGCACUUCUACGACCUUAAUGUGCUGUUCGGCAAGGUCUUCAAUGGGUGGUUCAGCGUCGACGUCCAGGCACUGAGCAGAGGACCAUUGCUGCCUACGGCUCUCUUCCUUGGGCAUGGGGGACUAAGACGCAAUUAUCUCGGGCAGCUGAGCAACGUUGCACGCUUCGCUCGCAUGUCAUUAGGUGAGGUCCCAGUCAUCAUUGGUGAGAUAGGCAUCCCCUUUGACAUCAACGGAGGCGUCGAGAGUGAUAAAGAUGACAAGCAAGAAGACUCACGCUGGCUUCUACACGAAGAGCUCCUCGACUCUCUCGCCAAUGCCAUGGAAGGUGCCAAAGGCGGGAUAGCUGGGUGGGCUUGGUGGAACUACAAUCCGGACAAUGUGCCUGGGGAGGGCGACUACUGGAAUAGGGAGGAUUUCAGCUUCGUCUCCUCAAAUGUGAGCGGAGGCAGCCACCCACAACGCCGCUCUGCAGCGAGGGGGCGGGCACUUGGUGCUAUUGUCAGGCCGUACGCCGUGCGGCUGGCGGGAGUGCCGAUGACAUCGAGCUGGGAUCGAAAAGAGGGACGAUACGAGCUGCAGUACGUCAAUUGGGCAAAGAGGCCACCUGUCAAGGGUGCGGCGGGUCAGCUCACGACGAUGGUCAACGACUCUGCGCCUGCCAGCGAAAACGAAGACGACGCGACAAUCAUCUACGUCCCUGGCCUGCAAUUCGGCCCCGACCAGCCUGAUGUCGUCACGACAGACGGGCACAUCCGCUGGGACCGAGAGCGACAGCGUCUCCUUUGGUGGGCCUCAGAUCGUUCGCCGGGUGCCAAACAUUCGUUGAGAAUCACGGUACCUGCUGAGCAUCAGGCAAAGCGCAAGGAGGCGAUGCUGCGGGCCGCAAGAAAGAGGAGAGGGAGGGUGACACGAGCGCUUGUGGGACUAGAUUUGGCAGGAACGGACGUGCUUGCGCUACUGGCCGUCUUCGUUGUAAUCGUCGGAUUGAUUGUGGCGACGAUCAGCUUCAUGGGGAGGGUGCAGGCGCAGCAGCGAGAGGGAAGGAGCGUAGAGUUGUGAGAAGCAGAUGAUGAGGAGUA